UCAUUCCGAGCAUUCUUUGCAUCUCUGUCAGUGAGCGAAGCGAUGCGCCUUCAACAUCUUCCUGGCCGACUCAGAAACACCAGAAUAACUUGACACUGUAUUGUAAAUUCCCAGUAACACCACACGAGCUUAAAAAGUGGAUGUUUGAUAUGAAUUAUCAAUAACGAGUUAGCCCAGCCUGCAGUUGUUGGAGGAUUUCUACGGAGCUUUUGCGGACCACCUCGACGGAAAACACCGGAGAGACUUGUUGCUUCGCCACUCUGGACUUUGCGUGUUUCGGUCGCCAUCGAAGUUUGUUGUCUCUCCCUAGUCUGCUCCAGGCAUCGGCUUGGAGAGCCCAAACGACAAAAUUGAUCCCAGCAGCUGGAGCGGUAGCGAGAGUCCUGCCGAGGACAUGGAGGGGAUGAGCGACUCGGCAGACAAGCCUGUGGACAAUGAUGCAGAAGGGGUGUGGAGUCCUGACAUUGAACAGAGCUUCCAGGAGGCCUUGGCCAUCUACCCUCCCUGUGGACGUCGGAAGAUCAUCCUGUCAGAUGAGGGGAAAAUGUAUGGUCGCAAUGAGCUGAUUGCCAGAUACAUCAAGCUUCGGACUGGGAAAACGAGGACUCGCAAGCAGGUGUCUAGUCACAUACAGGUCUUAGCAAGAAAGAAAGUUCGAGAAAUCCAAGCUGCCAUUAAGGUACGUCUGGCUUUGCCCAGUUGCAGGGGGCUUUUCAUUGCCAUGGUUACAGGCUCUUCCUUUGUUUUCCUCUCCUCCCCUACCCUGCAGGUGUCUAGUCACAUUCAGGUUCUUGCCAGAAGAAAAUCUCGAGAGUUUCAUUCCAAGCUAAAGGUCACAAGUAUGGACCAAGCCGUGAAGGACAAAGCCCUCCAGAGCAUGGCCUCCAUGUCGUCAGCUCAGAUCGUCUCUGCCACGGCUAUUCACAACAAGCUAGGCCUGCCAGGCAUCCCUCAUCCAGCCUUCCCUGGAGCAGGGAUAUGGCAGGGGAUGAUAUCAACAAGUCAGCCAGGAUCCUCACAUGACAUCAAACCUUUCACCCAGCAAUCCUAUCCCAUGACGCCUGCAGUCACAAACGCUAUUUCAAGCUAUCAGCCCACGGACACUCCCGCUCCGACAGCACCGGCAUGGCAGGGUCGUUCUGUCGGUACCACCAAACUGCGACUGGUAGAGUUUGCUGCAUUCCUGGAGCAAAAGAGAGACCCAGACUCGUACAACAAGCACCUCUUUGUGCAUAUCGGGCAGACAAAUCAUUCCUACAGCGAUGCCCUGCUGGAAUCGGUGGACAUUCGUCAGAUUUAUGACAAAUUCCCAGAAAAGAAAGGCGGGCUGAAGGAGCUUUACGGAAAGGGCCCCCAAAACUCCUUCUUCCUUAUAAAGUUCUGGGCUGACCUCAACUGCAACAUUCAGGACGAGAAUAGCUCUUUCUACGGCGUAACUAGUCAGUAUGAGAGCUCAGAGAACAUGACCAUCACAUGCUCCACUAAAGUGUGCUCUUUUGGCAAGCAGGUGGUCGAGAAAGUAGAGACUGAAUACGCGCGGUUUGAGAAUGGACGAUUUGUUUACAGGAUAAGCAGAUCUCCAAUGUGUGAAUACAUGAUCAACUUCAUCCAUAAGCUAAAGCACCUGCCUGAGAAGUACAUGAUGAACAGUGUGCUAGAGAACUUCACUAUCUUAUUGGUGGUGACGAACAGGGACACCCAGGAGACUCUGCUUUGUAUGGCAUGUGUGUUUGAGGUGUCCAACAGCGAGCACGGCGCCCAGCAUCAUAUCUACAGACUGGUAAAAGAAUGAAAAAAAUCCUCUCUCCUCACAGACUCUCUGACCUCCAGACAAGUGGCUGUGCCUCUCGCUGAAAGUCACACCAACGACGCGUUUUGUUGGUCAUUACCUGAAGUCUCCUUUUAUCACUGUGUUGUUUUGUGUUGUUCAACUGCAGCUGUUUUAUUUUACCCACACUUUACUGCUGGACGUCUCCUUGAGAGAUUAUACUCAGUAAAGUAGGAGGAACUGUGGCAUCUACGUACAAAUAUGUACUACUCUAAAAUUAGGAAAUGGACCUGUGUGUGUUGUCUUUGUUAUUUUUUGCUAAGACACAAAAUAUAUAAAUGGGCUAUAGGCCUUUUUGUGCUAGUUGCCUAAUGAGACGUGCGUAAUAUGUUGAGAAUAUGUGUUCCAUCAGCAGUCAAUAGAGCUCCAAAGAAGCUGUGAUGACACUAAAUAUUCUGCUUUUCUAUCUGUUUUAUCAACAAAGCAGUACAUUUUAUCCCUGUUGAAGCAUUUCAGCACCCUUGCAGCAAUUUGAAUGCUCUCUAAAAGAGACACCACAAUCAUUUUGAUGCAUUUUCUAAUGAAUUCAGGAAACAUUCCAACUUGCCUCUGCAUUCCCGUUCCUCUCAAGUAGGAGAAUUUUUAAUUUCUGGAAAGUUAAAAACACUACAAAAACUUGACUGUCCAAAACCACUUUCCUCUGUCUUUUUGAUGAACCACAACACUAUCACAUCACAUUUAAACAGUAAGCCAUGUUUUCGUCCCUCCUAAAUGAGUAGCAUUGCAAGUCAUAGUGUUAUCACUCACACUACAUUCCCAUAAAUGUGGCCUAUGACGUCCCCCAGCCUUAAACACGCUACAGCCACUAAAACUGAUCUUGUGCCGUGGAAAGUCAUGUGAGAGAUUUCUAAUACAUUCUGCCAAAGUGUAAGAGUACUACAGUGCCUUAGUGUAUUUAGUCCAACAAGUCCGACACAAAGUAUUAUUGAUACACUCUGGAAAGCCCAUUUGAGGUUACAUUCAUUAAAAUGCCUCCUAUGAUAUACAAAAGUCUUAUACAUUACAGUGGUACCUCAACGUAUGCUUUAUACAUAUAUAUAUAUAUAUAUAUAUAUAUAUAUAUAUAUAUAUAUAUGUGUGUGUGUGUAUAUGUAUAUGUAUGAAUGUAUGUAUGUUUUUUUAAAGGCAAAGCUUAGUGGUUUUAUUAUUGGCUGAUGUCAACAUUUAGUUUUUUCUCAUUGCGCUUCUCGCUGUUAUACCAAUUUUUGCGGGUGUUUUUUGUUUUUUUAAUGUGCCUCUAGGGCCUAUGACAAAGGAGUCACAGGCCACAGAUGACCCCUGCGCCACACCUUGAGCACCACUGCUGCGGAAGCUGUUAUGGGUACUAUAGUAGUAUACUUGUCCAUCCUAUGGUCACAAAUGGGAUGCCAAUCUGGUUACGUCAGCACCGGAAGUAGUAAUAUCAGCUGUUCGCCGGGAGAGUUUUUCCUCUGUGAUAAAGAGUGGAUAAACGGGGAAAUCGUUCUGUAGUUGGCACCUUUUUUCAUCAAAUAUUCUCGCCUGAGCACAUGUCAAUGUUUACUUUUGUAUAUAAAUCAACAUAAAAUCCCUGAUGUCAUAUUAAUACGAUAUUUUUUGUUGUAAUAUUUUUGCGAACGACUGGGAGGGUCCCAAAGAUCGAUGGGUUGGCGAGCUCUAGCCUAGUGAUGGGCUCAGCAGUUCUUUUGACUGUACUGAAUCACUAGAAUCAGUUCCUUAAAUAGAUUCGUUCAAAAAAUGCGUUCACUGAAUCACUUCUGCAGCAGCAGUUCUGUGUGCAGGUCAGCGAAUCAUGAGUCAGUCAGUAACAGCUUCCCCAGCGGCAGAUCUCGGUGUGUGUCAGUUCGCGAACGACACAAGCCCUCAGCACCUAAUGAACGACGCGCACAGUGACUGAACGAGAGCCACAAUGUGACGUCCUCCUCCGCGACACAGUCAGUUCUCUGUGUCAGUAGGUGCGCGAAUCGCGAGUCCUGAUUCUGAAUGAGUGAGUGAGUACAGCGCGAACGUGAUUCAUGUCCUCAGCGACAACCAGUCAGUUCUUGUAGGUUCAUGAAGCGACCCUGAAUCACUCAGCUACAGUUCUGUGGGCCAGAGGGCGACAGACGUGAAUCGCUCUCUGCAAAAACAAAUAUUAAAUUAAGAAACCCUUAACAAAUGCCAACAUAAAAACUAAAUGUUCUGUAGCAAAGAAAAUGCAAACUUAAAUAUGCAAACAAAAAGAAAACAAAUACCUUCAAAAUAAAACAAAUAAAUUAAGAACCAGAAAUGCCAACAUAAAAACUAAAUGUUCUGUAGCCUACGUUUAAAAAUAUAACAAAGAAAAUAUCAACUUAAAUGUGCAAUAAAAAUUUUAUGUGUUGAGAUAAUGGGGACCGGGCGCGUGUGUGUGUUUGUUUUCAUGUGGCUUGAGUCAACAUUAGCCGUUAGCUUGGAGAAUGAAUGGAGAACGGUGUAAGAUUGGCCCCAAAACCUCCAGUCUUACACGCCAGCAUUAGCUUUUAGCUGGGAAUCGACAUAAUUUUGUUUUACAACCAUUUGAAACCAAACUUUAAGCAGCGAUCCAUCUUCCAAAGCCAACAUCAUCCUGCUACUGAAGCUUGAUCCUCCACACACGGAUGAGCUUGAAACUGUUCAAGGAGCCCAGGAGGGUCUUUUGCUCUGCUGCGCUACGAACCAGCAAUGUUCUCACCGCUACGCUAUUGCUGCUGCCUCCUAUUUCUCCCAGCACAUUGCCCAAAAAGCAUCCACACUGCAAAAAAUCAGUGUUCAAAAACAAGAAAUAAAAAAUACAAAAAUUAGGGGUAUUUUAUUUGAACUAAGCAAAAAUAUCUGCCAAUAGAACAAGAAAAUUCGGCUUUCAAGACUUUCCAAAACAAGUAAAAUUAGCUAACCUCAAUGAACCCCAAAAUCCCUUAAAAUACGUAUAUUCUCACUAAUAACAAGUGCACUUUUCCUGGUAGAAAAAAAAUUAGACCUUUUUGCUCAAUAUGUUGAAAAAUAUUCUUAAAUUAAUUAAAUGCUAGUACCAUUAUCUUGACAUAAUGAUAUGCGCCCGGCAUCAUGAUUCUUUUUUCAUGCUUGAAUUAAGAAAUUAUUACUUUAAAAAAGUAGUUUUAUACUUGUAAGUAUUAAUGACACAGCUUUGCAUCAGCUAAUAUUCUAGUUUUAAGCAUGUUUUACUCACUAUAGGUCAUAAAAUCUCAGCUACAAGCUGUAAUAUCUUACUGAGAUCAUUUAGGACCAAAACACUUAAAACAAGUAAAACACUCUAACAUAAAAUCUGCUUAGUGAGAAGAAUUAUCUUAUCAGACAGAAAAUAAGCAAAUAUCUGUCACGCUUUGAUAAAAGGAUUUGGACUCAGAUGCAGAUUUGGGACUUUAGACAGGCUUUUAUUUUGACAAUUUCCUUUUACCUCCCGAGUCAAGAAAAAACAUCUAUAAUCACAAAAAUAAACUACUCGGAGCAAAGGUUCCAGAAAAAGAAGGAACAACCGAAAAUCACUCCGAACGGAGGAGAACGCAAAAGUAAAGACGAACUAUAAACAGUAUUUAACAAAAGGCGCUCCAACAGGAGGACCAAAACAACAUCUAUGAAAAUUUCUACACUAAAUAAUCUAAUAGAGUAUUUAUCAAAAAUAGUCACUCAAAAAGUUGAGGAAUGAAUGAAAAACUUAACUGAAACUUACCACUGCGGCUGAAUAACUAAAUAAUCAAAAUCACUCUGCUGAGGAGGAAAAAAAGGAAAACUCAAAAUAUUCAUAAAGGGGUUCAGGAUCAAGGGACAUAGGCACAAGACAAGGCAAGGCAUGGACAAAGAUAUGGACGCUAGAGAGCACGAAUAAACGAGACAAUCUGGCACAGAACAAAGGAAGGAGUGAGCUUAUAAACACAUGAAGGUAAUAGGGAACAGCUGGAAACAAUCAGAGAACAUGGAUGACGUCAGACUGAUGACACAAAAGGAAGGGCAAGUGACCUGAAACGAGAGGAGAGUUACUUUUCAAAUUAAAACCAUAAGACAAAAAAACCAAAACAAGACAUCCCUCACCGCGGUGUGACAAUAUCACCCUUAUUUGAGAUAUUUAAUCUUACUUAGAUUUCAGUUUUUGCAGUGCACUCUUGUCCCUCACGACGCAGAUUGUGGGAAAUAUUAUAAUAUAGCAUAUCCUCUUUUUUUAACGCCAUUACUCACUGCUUUCGCAACCUUAUUGGAACGGCGUGACUCAGCCUUGCCAACAACUUGAGGGUUCCUGGUAUGAUUGUGUCCUUAGGUGUAUAAAUGUUAUUGAAUGUUUGGUGGUGGUCAGACACCUGCCGUAGGCGCUAGUUGGCAGCCAAGUUUCCAUCAUUCUAGACCAGGGCGGCUCUGGCUACAAAUGUAGCUUACCACCAUCCAUGUGUCAAUGAGGAGUUAAUGAAUAAUGGCUUCUUAGUUCUCUGUAAAGUGUUUUGAGUGUCUAGAAAAGCGCUAUAUAAAUCUAAUCCAUUGUUAUUAUCAAUGUUAUUUAUUAUUGAUCAUCCAUCCCUCUUUGUUCUCAUUGUACAUUUUGGAUGUAAUAAGACAGGAAGAACCAAAAAUUGCUAAAAAUGUUUUUGAAGAGUUUACACGCUUUACAAACCCCGUUUCCAUAUGAGUUGGGAAUUUUUGUUAGAUGUAAAUACAAACGAAAUACAAUGAUUUGCAAAUCCUUUUCAACCCAUAUUCAGUUGAAUAUGCUACAAAGACAACAUAUUUGAUGUUCAAACUGAUAAACAUUUUCUUUUGCAAGUAAUCAUUGAAUUUAGUAUUUGAUGCCAGCAACACGUGACAAAGAAGUUGGGAAAGUGGCAAUAAAUACCGAUAAAGUUGAGAAAUUCUCAUCAAACACUUAUCUGGAACACCCCACAGGUGUGCAGGCUAAUUGGGAACAGGUGUGCACCAUGAUUGGGUUUAAAAGCAGCUUCCAUGAAAUGCUAAGUAAUUCACAAACAAGAAUGGGGUGAGGGUCACCACUUUGUAAGCAAAUUGUCGAACAGUUUUAGAACAUUUCUCAACGAGCUAAUGCAAGGUAUUUAUCGAUUUUACCAUAUACGGUCCGUAAAAUCAUCGUAAGGUUCAGAGAAUCUGGAGAAAUCACUGCACGUAAGCGAUGAUAUUACAGACCGUUGAUCCCUCAGGCGGUACUGCAUCAAAACCCGACAUCAGUGUGUAAAGGAUAUCACCACAUGGGCUCAGGAACACUUCAUAAAACCACUGUUAGUAACUACAGUUGGUUGCCACAUCUGUAAGCGCAAGUUAAAACUCUGCUAUGCAAAGCAAAACCCAUUUAUCCACAACACCAAGGAACGCCGCUGGCUUCGCUGGGCCCGAGCUCAUCUAAGAUGGACUGAUGCAAAGUGGAAAGGUGUUCUGUGGUCUGACGAGUCCACAUUUCAAAUUAUAUUUGGAAACUGUGGACGUGGUGUCCUCCGGAACAAAGAGUAAAAUAACCAUCCGGAUUGAAAUAGGCGCGAAGUUCAAAAGCCAGCAUUUGUGAUGGUAUGGGGGUGUAUUAGUACCCAAGUCAUGGGUAACUUACACAUCUGUGAAGGCACCAUUAAUGCUGAAUGGUCCAUACAGGUUUUGGAGCAACAUAUGUUGUCAUCCAAGCAACGUUAUCAUGGACGCCCCUGCUUAUUUCAGCAAGAAAAUGCCAAGCCACGUGUUACAACGGCGUGGUUUCGUAGUGAAAGAGUAUGGGUACUUUCCUGGCCUGCCUGCAGUCCAGACCUGUCUCCCAUCGAAAAUGUGUGCCGCAUUAUGAAGCGUAAAAUACGAGAGCGGACCCCGGACUGUUGAACGACUGAAGCUCUACAUAAAACAAGAAUGGGAAAGAAUUCCACUUUAAAAGCUUCAACAAUUAGUUUCCUCUGUCCCCAAGCGUUUAUUGAGUGUUGGUAAAAGAAAAGGUGAUGUAACACAGUGGUGAACAUGCCCUUUCCCAACUACUUUGGCAUGUGUUGCAGCCAUGAAAUUCUAAGUUAAUUAUUAUUUGCAAAAAAGAUAAAGUUUAUGAGUUUGAACAUUAAAUAUCUUGUCUUUGUCAUGCAUUCAACUGAAUAUGGGUUGAAAAGGAUUUGCAAAUCAUUGUAUUCCGUUUAUAUUUACAUCCAACACAAUUGCCCAACUAAUAUGGAAACAGGGUUUGUACAUUCUUAUUAUAUUAUUUAUUAAACUACUGCAGUUGUCUGUACUACUAUUGUGUAGUUUUUUAAACAUUUCUUAUUUAAAGGUAAUUGUUUUUAAAAGGCAUGAUAAAGGUUAAAAUUGUGCUGUUUCAGGAGGGCCAAUCACAAAUUAAAUUGAUUUGAAUUAAUUUCAAUGGUCUUGGCUGCUUUAAGGUUACAAGCUCAUUGAACGCAAUUUACUAGUAGGUUGAAGUACCACUACAUUUCUUAAUAUCAGCCUUUUCUAUGUGAACUCUGGCAGAAUGUCCUGUGUAAAAAAAAACACACCCUACAAAAAGUUGUUGUCUUAUUGUGCCAUUCAUGGUAGCGAAAAAAGUGCCUUUGGGUUUAAAACGAUUUACAAAUGAAUCUAACAAAAUGACCAAAAAUGGGAUAAGAACCAAGCACCACAUUGCCUUUUUGCUCAAAGGGUUGGAACGCUAUCAACGGAAGCUGUGUAGGACCGAGGUUUUCAAAGUGUGAGGCAGGCCUUCCCUAAGACAAAGAAGACUGCCUCAGCUUUAGAAAAAUCAAGAAAAAGCUAACAGUUAUGUCAAAGGUCAAACAAAUGGAUUUUAAGUUUUGCAACUGAGCAUUAGUUUUUCAGGGAGUAGUUUUAGGUCCCCAUCUGUUAUGUUGUCUGAGGAGAGACAUUUUGAAAAACCCUGGUAUAGUAUGUGCUUCUCUUUUGGAUUUCACUAAUGAUGUUGUAUAAAGGUCUUUUAGGACAGUGGUUCUCAACUUUUUUUCAGUGAUGUACCCCCUGUGAAAAUUUUUUUAAUUCAAGUACCCCCUAAUCAGAGCAAAGCAUUUUUGGUUUUGAAAAAGAGAUAAAGAAGUAAAAUACAGCUCUAUGUCAUUAGUUUCUGAUUUAUUUAAUUGUAUAACAAUGUAACAUAUUGCUCAUUUUUAGUGGUCUUUCUUGAACUAUUUGGAAAAAAAGAUAUAAAAAUAACUAAAAACUUGUUGAAAAAUAAACAAGUGAUUCAAUUAUAAAAAAAUAAAGAUUUCUACACACAGAAGUAAUCAUCAACUUAAAGUGCCCUUUUGGGGGAUUGUAAUAGAGAUCCAUCUGGAUUCAUGAACUUAAUUCCAAACAUUUCUUCACAAUAAAGAAAUAUUUAACAUCAAUAUUUAUGGAACAUGUCCACAAAAAAUGUAGCUGUCAAAACUGAAUAUUGCAUUGUUGCAUUUCUUUUCACAGUUUGUGAACUUACAUUCAUAUUUUUUGAAGUAUUAUAUUUAUAAAGGAUUUUUGAAUUGUUGCUAUUUUUAAAAUAUGUUUUAAAAAAAUCUCACAUACCCCUUGGUAUACCUUCAAGUACCUCCAGGGGUACGUGUACCCCCAUUUGUGAACCACUGUUUUAGGACUUUAAACUCUUGCAGGGGGAAGUGUUUUACAAAAUGCUGAAUUUCCCCCAGGGAUCAAUAAACUACUUUCUAUUCUAUUCCAUUCUAUUCUAAAAAAAAUAAGAUAGAGAAGAAAAUAUUUAUGUUACUCUUUCUGUUGACAAACUUGCAUCAUCUAUAAUCCAAACUGUUACUUCAUGAUAUGAUCGAGACGUAACGUUUGCACUUACAGGAAGUGACAAUGGAAGACAAUAUAGCCUCUUCUGGAAUUCCCUCAAAAAUAUUUGUUUUCCUCCAACAGCUCGGAUAAAUAUCUUUCUUAGGGAAUGACUGGCCCUUGAUGGACCUAAGAAAGAUUGUACAGUAGGAAAGGGAUUCAAAUGGGUGCAUUAGUGUGUUUUACCUGACACAUGAAACGUUUUGAAUUGGGGGGUGCACUAUCCACUUCAGCCAGCAGUAGAGUGUUGAAUAUUUUAAAAUGUGUUUUACGGCUAUUCCAACUCUGACCACAUUGUCAUUUGCCCUGUCGAGUGGCGCUUUCCAUCAUUUUCAGCAGACUGCAUUGCAGAAGGAUUAGCCCCUCCCCUCUUCCUCUCAUGCAAGAUCCAGCCAGGAAUGGGGCCAUAUGAAUCCCUUCCUUACUGUAUGUUCUUCUGCAUCGGGAUUUAGGUCUGGGUUCUCAGGUUCCUCCACACCAAACUCCUCCAAGCGUACCUAUUAAUGGUCUUUGCUUCUGUACUCUGGGAACAAAAAUGGAACUAAAGGGCCCAGCCCUGACUAUUGAAUUUGGCAAUAUGUUCAAAGUUUUUUUGUACAUUUAUGAGGUAGUUAUCGUAGUCCUGACAUUUCCAAAAGUAUGUUUCAUGAAUAAUUCAAGUUACCUGAAAGAUGUUUCCCAGGUGUAUUCUUAUAUUUCAGUCAGUGUUUUGACACCACAGUCUUAAAGACACUGUGCUCUUUUCUUCUUACGACUUUUUUAUGGCUUCACAUGUAUCGAUGUACUUGUAUGCAGUUGUAGGUGUGUUGACAGUGUCUGUUUCUUGUGUUACUGCUGGUCCAUGUUGACAUGUAGUUUCAGCACUACAACAUCAGGACUGAUGAGGACUUCAGAGGCAUGAAUGUCUGCACUAUUUUUGUCAUACAAAAGUGGCACUCUUUAAAAAAAAAAAAAAACAGCUACUAAUUGAAAGAGUAUCAGCAGAUUUGUAAUUUGUCAUUUUGUCAAGCUAAUAAGGUACUGGUACAGUUCUGUUUUCACAUCAUUUCCCGAUGGUGACUUUCAAGUGAUGUUAAUGAUUCACAUUGCUCAUGUUUUAUGUUUUGUGUUCUUGUAAGAAGGUGCUUUGUACAAAAAAAAGGAUAUCUUAGCAUUUUCUUGGUACAUAUGUGUGAUAUCUUUCUCGUAUCUAUGACUGUAAUGUGUUGGAGCAAGCAAGCGAAAAUAAGACUCUGCCAGGUUUGUGUGGUUCUGUUUUCUUUUUUUUUGCUUUGUUAUUCUAUUAUUAUGGUCUUAGUUAUUGCUCCUUUACAUUAUGAUGCUUUCUUGGAAACACUAGAUAUUUUUUAGCUUUCUAGAUUUGUUUGUAUGCAAUACUGCAGUUAAAUAAAUUGGAAAAAGAA